CAUGAGGGAAACACUGCGCAGCCAUGGGCGUGGAGACGACGAAGGGCAGGAGGAGCCGAGGUGUUCGCUCCCGCACUGCAAUCUCGUGGCUUUUCUUGCACACGGUACAUCUCUUCACCAUCCCUCACGGGCGGAUUUCACCGAGUCGCCCGGGCUGGAAGGAUUCUCGCGGGCCACAGGUGACACGCUGGCACCCUGGGCGUGGCGGAGUUGCUUUGCGCGCCAGCCCGCAGCAGGACAGUGGUGCGGAGGACUGGCUCGCCAAGAGCCGCGAGGAGGUGGAGGGCUUCAAGAAGGCCCAGGUGUCCAGUUGGGCAGAGGCUGUGCUGAUUGACGGCGGGCUGGAAGCAGACGAUGAGUUCAUCCAGCGGACGGCGACCACACUGCAGCAGCAGGGCGUCACCGGCAAGUCCCUGCUGAAGCUAACACUGGAGAAGCUGAUGGCAGCGCCAUAUAGCGUCCCUGGUGGACCAGCGGAGCUGCUGGCCGAGAAGAUCCGGCUGUUGCAGCAGCCCGAGGGCACAAGCCGCUUGCAACGAUACCUCGCCCCCAAGUACGACCUGAGAGAAAAGCACAUUGACGGCCAGAAGCUGCUGGUCUGCGAUUUCAAAGAUUCGACUAGAUUUGCCAUUGUGUCCAGCGAACUGAUGCCGCAGUUGACUGCGUGGGUGGAGGACUGUGUCUCUUCGCGAGGCAUUUGCGCCAUCAAUGGCAUGGUAAAGUUGGGAAAAACUACCGUGUUGACGCGCCUUCUGCCACAGAUCAUCUUGACAAAGUUUCCAAAUGCCGAGAUUUGCUUCCUGGACUUUGCCUCUUUUCUCAAUGCGGGCUUCGAGCCUGGAGCAAUGGAGGUAGGAUUGCUAAGAGAGGUUUGGAGUUGGGCAACAAGCACUGGGUUCCAUGUGGGCCCUGCAGACCAGUGGACCUUGAAUCAGUUGAUGGACACCUUGGACAGGUCUGGGCGUACAGUUUUUUUCCUCAUUGACGAAGUUCAGAGAUUCUUCCAGGUUCAGGAAGGAACUAUCCCAACAUGGGACAUUCUCAAGGGAUUCCUCCGAGUCCACAGGGAAGACUCCAACCUGCACUUUGCCAUCACUGGUUCAGACAUGGCCCUAGCGUGGCAAAACUUUGUCAGGAUGACUCCCAAUGGAUUUACAUUUGCUGGUGAGUGUCGCAGGGUUUCCCUCCCGUGGCAAAACCCCGUCCAUGAGCUGGACUAUGCCCGACAGAAAUUCCUGGCCACUGCAAUCGAUGACACCGAAAAAGAUGAACUGACAGACUUGCUUGGCGAGAUCCGAUCUGUGCCAUUGAUGGCAUACACAGCAGCAGUGUGGAAGGACGAACAGUCCAAGAUUGACACGCAAAAACGAGUAAACAUGAAGUUGAGAGAUGAGUUUGUGACGGAGAUGACCCCUUUGCUGGGGGACCCAAGUUGGUCCAAGCCACAACGUUUGCAGUACAUCCGAGACUUGGCCAUUGGUCAGGCAACCUCUGACCCAGCAGACUUUUUUGAUGAGACCGUGUACGACUGCUUCUUCAAGCCAUAUAUUUAUGAGGCAGACGGCAAGUUUUCCUUUGCAAGCAACCCGUGGACUGUUUGCGUAGCAUACUGCGUAGACGCGAGCGGGACACUGCUGAAACAAAGCAAUUUUCCGGUUCUGCAAUGGUGCCAGAACGAGCAAAGACUGCAGCAACUUGCGCGGGUUGGUGAGCUCGUGAAAGGCACGCUGCGGCGAUGGUUCCCUUCGGCAAAAAGCCCACUGAGCGGCGACCAGAAAAAGCUACGCUGGCGCGUGGAGAGCAUUUGCAGGAGGCAUGGGAGGCAACAUGGCUGGCAUCCAGAGGAAGGGGAGCCAUAUUUUCAACAACUGCUGAAUUGGUCGAAUAGCGGUGUAAACGUCAGCGUACGAGAGCGUCAGUUGAACAGAACAAAUCAAAACAAACCGUGUCGGUUGGACAUGAGGUGGUGCACAUACUUAGAGAUGUUGCGCAAUGCGAAUGCGCAUGUCACCUCUAGAAAUAGAGCUGACUAUGAGAAACUAUUAUUUAAUUGCUUGCCGAGCCAAACAGGCUUGCUAUUGGCGGCUUUGAGGAAUUUCACUCUGUCCAGACCAAGGUGAGAGCCAGGUGCACGCUGUUGAAGAUGUG